AUGGAGGAGAACCAUUUAGUUGAUAUUCUUGAUUCUGACGUCUCGAAGCAAGGUAAGGAAGAAGAGAUCAUGGCAGUUGUUUUCCUUGCAAAGAGAUGCUUAGACCUCAAGGGGAAGAGACGACCAUCAAUGAAGGAAGUAGCUAUAGAGCUGCAGAGGAUAAGAAUGUUGCAAAAUCCUUCCUGUGGUGUACAAAACCACAGCGACAUAGACUUUUCAAGCAACAGCGUUGACUGGGAUGAUGUUUGGACAUCCAUGAGGUCAGAUCUAGACGUGGAUCUGAUAUCUUUUCCGGAUGUUCAUCCCCUUCUAGAUAUUGAAUCUUGGCGAGGAAUCAUCCCACCAAUGCGCAGGUGGGCUGCAGCCCUAGAUUGUCCUUUUCCUGGCGUUAAGGUCGUUAUUGUUAGUUUUUAG